AUUUUGUCAUAUUAAUAGGUCUCAUAAGCCCACAUGGAAGUAGGCAAGGACAAAGUGAGGUCAAUGGUUGAACCUGUUCAGAAUCCCCAUCUUAGAAAUUCAAACCAAAAUCCAAUGGACUUUGUCAAUACUGAAGGAACCAUGAUGAAUGUCACUCUUGAUACAUCUGAGGGAGAUGGCAUUCAAUUUCCGACAUCAUUACAAGAUUUUCCUGGUUCUCCUGUCAGUUUGCCUGGUUAUGCAACAUCACCUUCAAUCAUGGGGACUGUCCCUUCUUCUAGCUCAGUGCCGUCUUCCCUCAAUAAUUCAUCUCGAAGUACUCCAGGAGGCCAUUCAACAACUGUUGUAAGACAACCAGAUUCAAAGAUAGAAUCUCUGAAGAAGUGGAGUGUCAGCACCUAUAAGUGCACUCGUCAAAUCAUCUCUGAGAAGCUGGGCAAGUCUUCCAGAACUGUGGAUGCAGAACUAGAGUCACAGAUAGAGCUACUCAGAGAUACACAUAGAAGGCACAUUAAUAUUUUGCGCCUGGCAAAAGGACUUGCAAAUAACUUCUACCAGGUUGUUCAAACUCAGCAUUCCAUGGGUGAGGCAUUUGCAGACCUGGCUCAAAAGACACCUGAAUUGCAAGAUGAAUAUCUCUAUAAUGCAGACACUCAGAGGACAUUGUCUAAGAAUGGAGAGAUACUGCUUGCAGCUCUUGGUCACUUUAUCUCAUCCCUCAACACACUUUGCAACAAGACCAUGGAAGAUACUUUGUUGUCAAUCAGAAAAUUUGAAGCUGCCAGAUUGGAAUAUGAUGCAUAUCGGACAGAGUUGGAAGUUUGGACUGGCGGACCAAAAUCAGAAAGCAGUGGUGCCAGAAUUCAUGAAGCUCAGAGUCAAGUUGAAAUUCAUAAGAACAAUUAUGAGAAACUACGUGAAGAAGUUAGCAUCAAAUUGAAGUUUCUUCAUGAUAACAAGGUCAAAGUGAUGCACAAGCAACUGAUGCUAUUCCAUAAUGCAGUGUCAUCAUACUUCUCAGGGAAUCAAGCAAAUUUAGAAGCAACCAUCAAGCAGUUCAAUGUGAGGGUCACUGGCACGCCACCAGUGACACCUGCCCAGACUUGGCUUGAACAGAUUGAGUCUGUUUUGAAAACAACAUUUUGAAAUCAGGAGCAAACACAGGCAAAGAAGUCACCAUGUUCAUCAGGGCCUUGGACAAAGCAUACCGGUAUGGGGAUAUCAGCAGUGAAAGACGAAUGAAAGAUAUAUAUCAGUGAUACUGCCUGGUGCUGGGAGCAUUGAAGUUUUUACCCUCCUUAGGUACCUUCUGGCCAAUACUGACUACACAAUCACAUUCAAGUACACAUAAUCUCAUUUGGGAGCAGUGGUGUGAUACAUCCAAAGAAAUCAAGUAUUAAUGCAUUAUCCAUCAUAUUUAUCCUGUUGCAAUACUACACUUCAGCUAUCAGUGCAAAAAUUUCUUUACUUCAGUGAUAAAGUUACUUUUGUCUAUGAGCAUAUUCUCAAGCAGUUCUCAUUUUGGGAUGGAGUGGAAAUGACACAAGAGUGAAAUCUUGCUGUCUUGUUACAAUCAUCCAGACUGGAAUUCAUGAAACAUGGAGAGGUAAAGUAUCUUCACUUUAACUACAGAGGCCAUGGGACUCUACCCACACCCAUGCACAUGAUCUCAGUUUAUGUUCUAGUUUUCAUUGCUGUAAUCUGGCGUUUCUCUGAAAGAACAUCAACCAUAGAUUUGCCUUUUCAGCUAGCUUUCACUAUGAAAUAGCCACUCUGCAUAGGUUUUUAUAUGCCUUUUCAUUUCUUCUAUUUAUUUAUCUCUGGAUGAUCUUAAAUCUUAUUUGUUAACAUUUGUUGUUGAUUUCUGCAGUUUUUCAGAAUCAACUAUAAAAUUUUCAUUUAAAAUUACCCUGCCACUUGCCAUUCUUACAUAUGAUUCUCCAGGUGUGCCACAUAUCUAUAGGCCUACAUACUCAUUUUCAAAGUUGGAACUGGAAAACCACUUGUGGAAACUAAGAAUGGAUGUAUUCUUGUUCUUAGAUCCAUGGGCAAUCUUUGUGAGGUUCUCUUGUUCAGUGAUACUGCCGUAGGAUUGGCUCACAUUUGAUUAUUGCUUAUGCAAGUUUUUUUUUAGGCAUUGUAAUAAUGUUAAUUAGGACUUCAGUGACAAUUGUGAUAUUUAAAUCUCCCCACUGUGUGAUCCACUUUUGGAGUCAAAAAGAGUUUCUAAUUGAUUCAGCUAAAACAGGAAACAAAAAGAUUGUUUAGUUUGUUUAAUGCUAGACAUCUAGUCAAAGAGGAGGAAAGAGGAAAAACUGCACAAGUACUUUUUGGUGGCUGGGUUGAGAGUGAGAUUCUGGGAUCUUCAGACACUGUGAAGGAAAUAAAAGGCUUGAUUUGGUGCACAG